AUGAACGACUCAUGGCGCUAUAGCAGGGAUGAUGCACUUCUAUUGGAGAAAGCAAAAUUUGUUGGCAUUGACCAGCCCAAACAACAUCUGAUUUCUAAGCUUCUCGAGGGGGACGAUCACCAACUCAAAGUUAUUUCAGUGGUCGGUAUGGCUGGAGUAGGGAAAACUACCCUGGUCAAAAAGGUCCAUGAAGAUCCAUAUGUUAGAAAGAAUUUCCCAGUUCGUGCCUGGGUAACCGUCUCUCAAACAUGCGACUUUCCAAAGUUCUUGAGAGACUUGAUUUGGCAGUUGCACAAGGAAGUGAACAAAUCAGUCCCACAAUUCAUCGAGUCCAUGACUACCGCUGAGCUGAAAGAAUUUGUCAAAGAUUUUCUUCAAAAAGAUGGAAGGUAUGCAAUUGUGUUUGAUGACGUGUGGAACGUGGAAUUUUGGAAUGAAAUCAAAUCUGCACUGCCUGAGGCUAACUACGGCAAUCGUGUCAUGCUAACAACACGAAAAGCUGAUGUUGCCUCUGCAUCUUGCACAGAAUCUCAGGAUUAUGUCUACAAAAUGGAGCUACUAUCAAUUGAAGACUCGUGGACCCUAUUUUGUAACAGGAUCUUUAAAGGAAAUCGUUGCCCCGACCACCUGAUGGAUGUUGCAAAAGCUGUAUUGGAUAAAUGUGAGUGUUUGCCUUUGGCGAUUGUUGCUAUCAGUGGGCUCUUGGCUUCGAAGGACAUGAGCAGAAUAGAUGAAUGGGAGAUCGUUCAACGCAGUCUUGGGGAUGAAUUAGAAGGAAUAAGUAAGAUAGAGGGAGUUAAAAGGAUACUUUUUCUGAGUUACAAUGAUCUGCCUUCGCAUCUGAGACCCUGUCUGUUGUAUUUAAGCAUUUAUCCGGAGGAUUAUCUAAUAGAAUGCAGUACGCUGAUUCCCUUAUGGAUUGCUGAAAGAUUUGUAGAAUGGAGAGAAGGAAUGAGAUUGAAGAUGUAG